UUCCUAUCCUUGUAUACACAGGUAUAUGUGUAUAUGUUAUAUUAUUAGUCUCCAUUUAUCGAUAUCAAAGAGAGUUGAAGGAAAUGAAUUUUGAAACUUCACGGUGUGCUACCCUACAGUACUGUCCCGACCCGUACAUCCAGCGGUUUGUAGAACCCCCAGCUCAUUUCUCUUGGAAAGAAAGUUAUUACCGAUCCACUAUGUCCCAGAGCACACAGACAAGUGAAUUCCUCAGUCCAGAAGUUUUCCAGCAUAUAUGGGAUUUUCUGGAACAACCCAUAUGUUCAGUUCAGCCUAUUGACUUGAACUUUGUGGAUGAACCAUCAGAAAAUGGUGCAACAAACAAGAUUGAGAUUAGCAUGGACUGUAUCCGUAUGCAGGACUCAGACCUGAGUGACCCCAUGUGGCCACAGUACACGAAUCUGGGGCUCCUGAACAGCAUGGACCAACAGAUUCAGAACGGCUCCUCAUCUACCAGUCCCUACAACACAGACCAUGCGCAAAACAGCGUCACUGCGCCCUCGCCCUACGCGCAGCCCAGCUCCACCUUCGACGCCCUCUCGCCGUCGCCCGCCAUCCCUUCUAACACCGACUACCCGGGCCCACACAGCUUCGAUGUGUCCUUCCAGCAGUCCAGCACCGCCAAGUCAGCCACCUGGACGUAUUCCACAGAGUUGAAAAAGCUGUACUGCCAAAUUGCGAAGACAUGCCCCAUCCAGAUCAAGGUGAUGACCCCGCCCCCUCAGGGUGCUGUCAUCCGGGCCAUGCCUGUCUACAAGAAGGCUGAACACGUCACAGAGGUGGUGAAGCGCUGCCCCAACCAUGAGCUGAGCCGUGAAUUCAAUGAGGGGCAAAUUGCCCCUCCUAGUCAUUUGAUUCGAGUAGAAGGGAACAGUCAUGCCCAGUAUGUAGAAGACCCCAUCACAGGAAGACAGAGUGUUUUGGUACCUUAUGAGCCACCCCAGGUUGGCACUGAAUUCACGACAGUUUUGUACAAUUUCAUGUGUAAUAGCAGUUGUGUUGGAGGGAUGAACCGCCGUCCAAUUUUAAUCAUUGUUACUCUGGAAACCAGAGAUGGGCAAGUCUUGGGCCGACGCUGUUUCGAGGCCCGGAUCUGUGCUUGCCCUGGGAGAGACAGAAAGGCAGAUGAAGACAGCAUCAGAAAGCAGCAAGUCUCGGACAGCACAAAGAAUGGUGAUGGUACGAAGCGCCCUUUUCGUCAGAACACACAUGGCAUCCAGAUGACAUCCAUCAAGAAACGAAGAUCCCCAGAUGAUGAACUGUUAUAUUUACCCGUGAGGGGUCGGGAGACUUAUGAAAUGCUGUUGAAAAUCAAGGAGUCCCUGGAACUCAUGCAGUACCUCCCUCAACACACGAUUGAGACAUACAGACAGCAGCAGCAGCAGCAGCACCAGCACUUACUCCAGAAACAUCUCUUUUCAGCCUGCUUCAGGAAUGAGCUUGUGGAGCCCCGGAGAGAAACUCCGAAACAAUCUGACGUCUUCCUUAGACAUUCCAACCCCCCAAACCGAUCGGUGUACCCCUAGAGUCCCAUCUCUGUAUUUGGAGCAGUUGUCUGUCGUGUUUCCAUAUGUGUGUGUCUGUGUGUGGGUACCCAGCCCUCCUAAGCAGGACUUGAAGGCGCUUUGGCUAAGAGACCCAGCUGCUCAAAGGCACACAGCCACUAGUGAGAACAUAUUUUGAAGGGACUCAAAACGUUACAAGAAAGGAUAUUUCUGCAGAUUCUGUAUCCUAGACCUAGUGUUGAUCAGUCAGGAACGCUGUGUUUGUCUGUGAACUUUGGCAUUGUUUCUGGAAGGGAUGGGGUCAGGUUGGGAAGAGGGGCAUGAAGAUAUCCAUGGGGACUCUUCUCUGUUACCUUCUGUUGUGUUUCUAAAUCUCAUAAAGAAGCUUUUGAGCAGGUCUCAAAUAUAAGAUGUCUUUUUAAGAAAAGGAGAAAAAAGUUACUGUCUGUGCAUAAAUUUUAAGUGACUGAGGGACUCAGUCAGGCCGUUUUAAUGCUGGUCAUGCAAUAAUAAUGCAAAUAAUAACGAACUAAGGUGUUAAAUAUACUGCUGGACAGAGAUGUGAUUAUUACCCCAGUAGCCAAUGUGGGGAUUUUCUUUUCUUCUAUUGCGAACUUGCAUUAUUAAUAUCUUCCCCUCAUAUGUAAGUAGAAAGUUCGGUAAAUACUAUGUCAGACUCUAUCAUUGCCACCAUAUGUCAGCAUCUGAUUUGAUAGUCUUCUUUGCCCAUGGAAACCCUAGAGACCUAUUCCCAAACUUGUUUAGACCCCAAAAUAAGUAAAGCCUAUUUUGUCAUGUAACAAAA